CCCAGAAGUUGUCCAGUCUGUGGUGAUACCCCGAGCUGCUGCUGCUGGAGGAUCGACGUUCAGCCAUUGUCAAUACUAAGGACACCCCGGGACUCACCCACUCACAGCCGAACCGAGCCCCACCGGGUCCGGCCGAACACCCGAACACAGCCCCGGUUUUGAGUCCUGACCUCAGUUCGCCUCCUCCACUCUUCUUCCUCGGCAGCAGCCAUGCCUCCAGCGCCGGGUGGGCCUGUGGGCUGCGAGCCUCCUGAAGGGGGCUGGGGCUGGGCGGUGGUGGCGGGCGCCUUCAUCUCCAUCGGCUUCUCCUACGCCUUCCCCAAAUCCAUCACCGUGUUCUUCAAAGAGAUCGAGGUCAUCUUCGACGCCACACCCAGCCAGGUGUCAUGGAUCUCCUCCAUCAUGCUGGCUGUCAUGUACGCUGGAGGUCCAAUCAGCAGCAUCCUCGUGAACAAAUAUGGCAGUCGACCAAUCAUCUUAGUCGGAGGCUGUCUGGCCAGCACCGGGCUCAUCUUGGCGUCAUUCUGCAACACGGUGGGGCAGCUCUACUUCUGCAUAGGAGUGGUGGGAGGUUUGGGUCUAGCGUUUAACUUGAACCCCGCCCUCACCAUGAUCGGUAGAUACUUCUACAAGCGCCGUCCCAUCGCCAACGGCAUCGCCAUGGCGGGCAGCCCGGUGUUCCUCUCCACCCUCGCCCCGCUCAACACCUGGCUGUUUGACCAGUUCGGCUGGAGGGGCAGCUUCCUGAUCCUCGGGGGACUCCUGCUCAACUGCUGCGUGGCCGGCGCCCUCAUGCGGCCCCUCAGACCCUCGCCCCAAAAAGCCAAGCCCGACGCAGAGGCCAACGAGGUGAAAGCCGUGGAGCCAGUCGCGCCGCAGCAGAAGAAGACCGUCAUGCAGACCAUCAACUCCUUCAUCGACCUGACGCUGUUCCAACACCGCGGCUUCCUGCUCUACCUCAUGGGGAACGUGGUCAUGUUCUUCGGCCUCUUCGCGCCGCUCGUCUUCCUCUCUAACUACGCCAAGAGUAAGGACAUCAGCAAAGAGAAGGCGGCCUUCCUGCUGUCCGUGCUGGCCAUGGUGGACAUGGUCGCCCGGCCCUCCAUGGGCAUGCUGGCCAACACCAAGUGGGUCCGGCCCAGGAUCCAGUACUUCUUCGCCGCCGCCGUGCUUUAUAACGGCGUGUGCCACGUGCUGGCGCCGCUCUCCGUGGACUACACCGGCUUCGUGGUGUACGCCAUCUUCUUCGGGUUUGCGUUCGGCUGGCUGAGCGCCGUGCUGUUUGAGACGCUGAUGGACCUGGUGGGAGCGCAGAGGUUCUCCUCCGCCGUGGGGCUGGUUACCAUCGUGGAAUGUGGGCCGGUGCUGCUCGGACCACCGCUGACAGGAAGUUUCUAUAACUACUACGAGCACUACGACUACACCUACGUCUCCUCCGGCAUCAUCCUCAUCGUCGCCAGUGGGAUCCUCUUCGUAGGAAUGACCAUCAACUACCGCAUGCUGGCGCGGGAGAAGAAGGAGGAGGAGAGGAGAGAGAGGGAGGAGCCUAAGGAGGAGCUCACCGCCAUGUUGGAGCCUCCUUCUCCGUCAAAAUCUGACGAGGAGGCGGAGAAGAAAGCACCAGAGGCCGUCGCCCUGGAGAACGUGGCCAGGAUGGACGAGGACACGGUGUAGAUUAUUCUUUUUUUUUUAAAAACAGACUCGAGAUGGACGCACACGCUUCACAGAAACCGAAACCCACGCCUUCUUUAUAGAGAGGUAAAUCCCUGAAGCCAUAGACGCCUAAGUUUAUCUUUAAGAACAGAGACAGCUGCUGUGACGUGAGUUCGCCAAGGAGCUUUCACCGAGUCCUUUUGGUGACCUCGAGUCCUCCAGGAGCUCACACACUCUAACACGCCAGCUACACGUUAUACGAACACCUGAUAGACGCACAGCAGACAGAAUGACUGUAAGAGAACAUUUUAGGAUACUAAUCUCAGGGUGCCAUUACGGUUUAGAACCUCACACACAAACAUGAUAUCCACACCAUCUGAGGCCAACAGUUUCCUGGCAUUGCUUCACUCCUGCAGGGCUGGACAUAAAUGAAGGGACACGUUUAUAUCACAGUAGAGCUGUUCAUAGGUUCAGCGUGACAUCUCCAGGGUUUUUAAUGUAGAUUUAUGCAUAAAAAUGUACAAUUUGGGAGAAAUACGUCCAGAAGUCACAUUUUUAACUCUUAGAAACAAAUAAAUGGUAAGUAAGGAGGUUAAAUGUAGGUACAUUUUGAGAGGUCUGAAGGGUCACACUGAUAGCGGUUUAGGAGCCACUGUUAACGGUGUGCUUGUACAUAAAUGUGUGUAGUUUUGUGUCACAGCCUAGACCCGGAGCAGCCCAUCAUGCGUUGCCGUAUUGAUAAAGACACAUUCGAACAAAGCGCUCUCACAGUUGCUCCCCGCAGACUCUCCUGCCGAGUGACCGGCACUCACAGUAUUACAUGACAUCUCUCACACUGUUUUUUGGGGGGGGGAUAAUGGUUGUGUGUAUUCCAGAUCUAUUGGUUUACAGGGUGUGUGUGUGCGCCUGCCCGGUUGUGCUGCCAAAAAUAGGAAAAUACAAUUAUGGAGAUUACACACAAUCCUAGUAGUUGCAGUACCGGAUAGCGUUGUUUUUAAAAUGUGACACUUUGUAGUUAUAUCAAUAAACCUUUGUGAUUUUAAAGAUAUCUGCUUACUGUUCAAUACAACGUGUAUUAGGGCCAUUGUACGUAAAUAAACGGGAAAUAAAUUCAGGUAUUUUUGAAGAUUAAAUUUGUAAAUGUACAAGAAAAAAA